AUGCAUGUGGCAGUGGUGGCAGCAGACGUGAUAUUGCUCCUAAGCAUGGGGUGGACCACAGACUCGCUCUGCUCACCCACCACUUUUUACAGGGACUGCUGGAUCCGCCGCUUCCCAGGUCUCUUAAUUGACCUGGAGGAGUCGCAGAAGCUGGGAGCUCAGUCCUUGAAGUAUUAUUCUGAAAGCACUGGCCAGAAAUGCAGUAGGAGCUGCUGUCUUAGGAAGGAGGUUUCCUGUAACCUGGCUGUCUUCUACCACGAUCCUAUUCAUGACAAUGUGAACUGCCUUCAUAUUCACUGCCCGACCCUGGAGAGCUGCAUAUUAGAGCCCGGAACCAGUGCCAUUUUAUACAACAUAACAGACGGUAUAGAUCCAGAUUUGCUGGUUUUCGAACAAUCACUUCCCACAUAUCUAAAUACCCGUUCUUCACCUAAUACAUGGGACAGACUAAGGAUUCUAAAAGCUAUGAAUUUAGAUAAACAGCAAACCACCAUGAUAAACCAAAUACUACCAUCAAUAGAGGCUCCAUCAUCAACCACAUAUCAAGAUUUGGUUGCAAACACAAACAAUAUCAGGUAUUCCAAGAAAUUAGCCACAGAUUCUUGGGCAAGAUUCAUUUCCCUGAAUGACUCCAUUACCACAAAGGUAAAUAUGGUGCCAUCCAGUACUGAUGUCAUCAACAAUCCAGAUAACAAGACUAUUUCUCCUUUCUUUGUGCCCAUAGACACAAAACUUUCUCAUAUGCCUAUUCCAUCCCAACUCAACAGUAGUAAACAACUACUGAACAAAACCAAAGGGUACAACAGCAGAAACCACACAUCUGGGAAUGAAGACGCAACACCUGACGGGGCAUCUGUGACUUCAGAGACGUGGUUGGUUCCUGUGGGCCUUUGUACCUCUGUCAUCUUUCUUUGCUGUUGCAUAGUCAUCCUGGCCUCAUGCUGUCGAAAGCAGCAGGGUCAAUAUAAACCAGGACAGAGAAAGUCAGAUUCCAGGCAAAUUAAAAAAUGUAACAUUCUGAAGGAGCACUCUUAAUAGGAAAAG